GCAAAGCACAGGGUUCCCCCGACGACGUAUUUAUAGACCCCUCGCCCCCUCGCUCUUGAAUAGCCGCUCCUUGUGGUCUUCGAUCCGGUCAGUGGCGACCCGAUCCAUCUGGUACUCGUCUCCCCCAUCUCCUCUGCUUCCUCCGCCGGAUGGCACCGAAACCGGUGACGAGCCCCGUCCCCGUCCAGUGGUACCCGGCGCUCUCCGCGCUGUUGCUCAUCGGCGGCCUCUUCUUCACUGCCUUCUUCUUUAUCUAUGAAGCUACUUCAUCCACUAGGAACCGCAGCCUAGCAAAGGAGGUUGUGAUUGCUGCUGUGGCAUCCACUUUCUUGGGUUUCGGAUCUUUAUUCUUGCUCCUUGCUACUGGAGUCUACGUUUAAUUCUUGGUAACUUGGUCAUGCAUUGUUGAAUAUGAGCGGUGCUGAGACUUGGUUAAUAGACUUUUUAGUCGCAUGCAUUUUCUUCAGUCACCAGGCGGUGCUGAGACUUGUAAUGACAGUAGAGACGUGAUUUUAUGGUUUAGUAACCAAAGGGAUUGUAGUUGGCUCGCAUGAGAUUUUUGUUAUUGGUAGUAGGCUUUAGGUAAGCAUGACUUUUUGGUAUUA